AAGUGCAUCGGAUUAAGACGUGGAAUCCAGUAAGAAAAAAACUGCAUCACACUCCAGACCUACACCAGCGUGAUUUGACAUUGCUUUGGAUUGGGGCUUGGAUUCGGAUUGGCUGGGCGACAGAUCUGACAGAAUAGUCAAAGUGAAAGACAAACCCAAAAAAUUUUGGUUGAGUUGUCGUGCAUAUGACUUCAGUUCUCCGGUCUGAAGCCAAAAUGUGCAAUACACCGGCACAAUUCACUAACUACAGGCAGAGGCAGGUAUAAAUCAACUACUUUGCGCAAGGUCCAAAGCUGCAAAAAUUGCAUCACCACUUUCAAAUUUGACACAUAACAUGACGAUUACACCAGGCUGAUACCUACCACUCUACCAGCAUCUACACACGGCCUCUCCUUUCUUCACAUGUCAAAGCCUCCCCGUCCUCCCCAGCUAGCAGCCUGGCGGCGCCCGUGACGCUGACAUGACCUUGACCGCUGGCCCCGCAGGCGUCGCGGCCCGUAUCGGCCGGCAGCUGUGGCUCCCAUGCGCGGCGUGCAGGCGGCGGUGGCGCUGCGUCGACAGCGCAGCCGCCGGGAGGAGCGCCAGAGACGCCUCACCAACUCGUCCCUGGACUCGGCCACCCCACGCACCUCACUCAGCGAAACCCACUUCGAGACGCCGGCGCCCUCCGAGCCCAGCAAAUCACGGAGCAUCCUCUUUGGUAUCACACUCUUCCACAUCGGCCUGGUGCUGCUGUUCAUCGGCUUCCUGCUGGUCAUCACGGCCAUGAUUCCUCGCUACAGCUCCGGCGCCAAGGCCUACGACCUGGCGGGCACCGGAACGUUUUUCGUCGUCCUGGGUGGCGUGAUGACUCUGCUGAACCGGGUCAUCUCUCGCCGCGAGGACGACUCGCUGGAGAAGUACGUCUCCGGUCGCCUGGCGCGCUCAAAGAGCGGCGGCCGGCUGGUGCGUGACUCCGACUCGGGUCUGACUCCUGACGUACACCGGAGAGGUCACCGGAGGGCGUCACGCACUCCGCGGAGUCCCCGGAGCCCGGCCGGGGGAGCCAGCACUCCCGCCAGUCUGGACGCCGAACAGGCGCUCACGGAGAUCCCGGAGGAGACUCCGGCGGCGGCGGCCGGUCUCGAGUCACCCGCGGGCCAGGUGACUCUCACUAUCUGUAAGGACAUGUCGGGGGACUCGCAGGUGGCUCUUCUGAGCGCCGCCGAGCCGCGGGACAUGCGUGUGGUGCUGACCCCUCCGGCCAGUGACCGGCAGAACGGGCCGGCGACCAGCGUGUAGCCAGAGGAGAUACAGGGUGGAGCUGGAUGGGAACCAUGAUGGAACCAGAGGGGAACCAUGGUGGAACCAGAAGGGAACCAUGGUGGAACCAGACUGGGGAACCAGAGGGGAACCAGAGGAGAACUAGAAAGGAGCCGGUGGAACCAGACUGGGAAACCAGAGAGGAACCAGAGGCGAACCAGAGGGAAACCAGGGUGGAACCAGAGUGGAACCGAUGGAGCCGCGCAGAGUAGUGCGGAACAAUUUUGUGUUUGCUGUGUGCGACGCUCGUUCAACAGUUUUGCGAAACUGCUGAAGAUGGGCGUCAUUGGUGCUGGGAAAGCAGCGUUGACAGUGUUAUAAACGUCGUGAUGCUUGAGUUGGUGUGGUAAGUUAAUGUCAGGUCAAGUUUUGGGAUGCGUGCAAUCAUUCGUCAUCAACAGGCUGAUUAGGCACAUCACCAGGGCGCAAGGACGAGACGUAUCAAGCCUUGAAUAGAAGACAGGUACCUUGUGCCAAAGGUCGGAGCAUAAUUAUAAAAGCAGUGGAUUCAUUGAUGUCUUUCUCUCCUUUAAUUGAGCUUUCUUUCAUGUUUGUCCGAAAUUGUUAUUUGUGCUUAGACAAUUUCAUUGGUCAUUUAUUUAAAAAAAAAAAACAGAUAAAAUCAUUAUUUACAGGCUUAAUUAGUAUGCGCCGUAAUGAGCUGCACGGAAUAAAAAUUAGAACACGAUGGCAAGCUCUCACGAGCUGUUUAGUGGCAAUUGCAAUAGUGUUCGUAAAGCGAGCAAUCUGUCACAUUCUUUUGUCACGGUUGUAAGAGCGGAUUUUUUACGGAAUGUAAGGGUGAAGAACGUUUGGAUAAAGCUUUUGUAAAUUUGUUGUGCGAAUAGCUAGUACGAGUCCUAUGCCCUUACUUUGUCAAAUAGGAUUUGGUGGUUCAGUGUGAAAUCUACAGUUGACCUAAAAGAUCUGAGAUUGUACUGUGAUUUCAUCGCCCUUUGAUACGACAGAGUGGCACAAAUGCCUACUUUUUGUAUUACGAUUCACGAUACUGUUAAUGUGUGUAAACAGCUUGAAAUUUCACUAUUGGAGUUACGCAUCUGAUGAAAUUUAUUCGUGGGUAAUGUAU